AUGUCGACUAGAGGAAGAGGAGGAAAGGGAAGAGGAAGAGUCAGAGGAAAGGGUGUCUCCACAAGGUCUGAAACCACGACAACCCUUGACGUAGAAAUGCCAUCAGUUCAACCUGCAGCUUCAGCGGCACCAUCUGUGGACCUGGCCGCAGAGGUAGCAAGGUUAAGAGAACAGUUGAGGCUAAGAGAUGAGGAAUUAGAAUCUGUUAGACAAGCACCGCAAACACCCCAAACACCCCAAGAACCUCAAGUCUCUGCCGCACUUGAUGCUCUUAUUGACAUUAGUGGUGGAAAAGUUAACAUCCAUGUAUUAAUGGCUCUAAAGGCAUUUGCUUCAGUAUUUAUGGGGAAUGCCUUAGAAGGAGGGUUACUUCUUGCCAUGUUUAAUUUGGCUCAUAUAGCUGAAGAGUACUUCACUAGCCGUUCAAUGAUUGAUGUUAAAGAGUUGAAGGAAAAUCAUCCCGAAUCUGCUCUUGUGCUGGAUAUGAAUGAAGAUAGACUUCCUAACACAACCGAUUUGGCAUACAAAAGGGUUCCUGUACAUAAUAUAGAAGUGGGAUCCUAUGUUUUGGUUGGAGCUGGUGAGUCUGUGCCUGUAGACUGUGAAGUUUUUCAAGGCAAUGCAACCAUUACUAUCGAACACUUGACGGGUGAAGUCAAACCUUUAGAGAUUAAAGUUGGAGACAGGAUUCCUGGUGGAGCAAGAAAUUUGGAUGGUAGGAUAAUUGUGAAGGCUACAAAAACGUGGAAAGAGUCAACACUCAGCAAGAUAGUACAAUUGACUGAAGAAGCACGCUUGAAUAAACCAAAGCUUCAAAGGUGGCUUGACCAAUUUGGUGAGCAAUACAGCAAGGUUGUCGUAGUCUUGUCUGUAGCUAUUGCUCUCAUUGGUCCAUUUCUCUUCAAGUGGCCAUUCUUUGGAACAUCAGGGAAACUAGCAUUCAAAGCAAUUGAACCAAUUUAUGGACAUCAGGCUGGAAACAAUAACUCAAAUUUGACUACUUGCUUAUCCCAAACUGUGAGAAAGAAGCUCUUGCAGUCGCAGCUGCCAUGGAGAAGGGUACCACUCAUCCUAUCAGAAUUGGUUUUCUAUCUCGUUUGUUUCAGGGCUGUGGUAGACCAUAGUGUUGGGAAAGACCUUCCUUCUGUCUCAGUUGAGAGUUUUGAGGAUUUUCCGGGAAGAGGUCUCAUCGCUACUCUCAAUAGCCUUGAGUUUUCCUUCUAUCACCCAAUACCAGUUGUGUUCUUUGAGGCAAAGGGAUCAUGUAUAUGGGAUCCUGAAGGCAAAUGGUAUCUAGACUUUCUCUCUGCUUAUUCUGCAGUUAAUCAGGAAAUGCAAAUUCAUAGAAGAUGUAAGGCAGGAAAUUUACUGAUAUUCAUUAACAAUUGUGUUGCUGCCUAUUUAAUGUAUGCACUAAAGCAGCCAACCGUUCGAGUUCAGGCUAUCAUUGCUAAAGGUGUACCGAGUCAGAUGCUAAGCAAUUGA